AUGGUUCUGGUAGGUUUUGUGCUGCUGCUCUUGCUCUGGUCAAACCCCCUGGACUGCCAUCUCACAACGGACAACAAGGUUCCUCAGAGGGCAGAGCCCCGACAGGAGGCCCCAGCUGGCAACGGAGGAGUUCAGGGCUCCUGGGGUUCCUGGGGGCCCUGGACAUCCUGUUCACGGACGUGUGGAGGAGGGGUACAGGGGCAAACUCGGCCGUGCCUGCCUGUUUACACUCCGUCCCUUUCUACGUACCCUUCCAGAGGACCAGGUGCCCAUCCCCAGUAUCCGGGACACGUGUUGUCAGCGCUGCGGCCGACUGUUCCUCUGCACCGUGACGCAGGCAGACCAGCGCUCUCUAACAGCAGCAGUCGGGGAGAGCUGAGUCCAUCGAGGGAGAAGGAGGUUCGCCCAGGAGGACACAGGCGGGUCAGUCACAUCUCUCCAGGGAGAUACGGCUAUGGGAGGAUGCCUUUUGUUGCUCGUUUGCAGAAGGACCCUGGCCUGAGGUCUGAGAUGGCUCACCCUCACAGACAUAGGCGCUCGCCGGUGGCUGAAGGCUUCCAGCCUACUGCUAGGGGUCUUGGAGGGCAAAGGUUAAGCAACUGGGACACCCAAAGGAAACCUAACCACUACAACAGACACUAUCAGCAGUCAAGGGCACACCAGCACAAAAAUAACCCAGUCUGGACCUCCCUCUUCCAGCCGCGCUCAGCCCACAAGCCCCAGCAGGAGUUGUACUCCGGCAGCCUUGUCUCCGGACCAUCGCAACAUGAAGAAAGACCCUACAGUCCCCUACCUGCUACCAGCUGUAGGGGAGAGAAUGCCCGCUACAAGAUGUGCAACACCAACGCGUGUCCUCCAUCCAGCACACACAUCAGGGCAGUUCAGUGUUCCUCUUACAACACCCAGCCAUUCAUGGGCAGGCUGUACGAAUGGGAACCCUUUAAUGAAGAUCCAGGGGUGCAAAACUGUGACCUCAACUGCCGAGCCAUAGGGUUCAGGUUUUACGUGCGGCAGUCAGACAGGGUGACCGAUGGAACGCCAUGCGGACAGAAUGAAACAUCUGUGUGUGUGGCAGGAAAGUGUACGAGUCUGGGCUGUGAUGAGUACCUUGGCUCAGGCAAAGUGAUGGACAAGUGUGGCGUGUGCGGCGGGGACAACACAGCCUGCAAGCUGGUCUCUGGACUGUUUAAACACAGUCUGUCUAAGGUCGGCUACCACAAGAUCGUGGAGAUCCCUGAGGGGGCCACCAAGAUCAACAUCACAGAAAUGGUGAAGAGUAGGAAUUACUUGGCUCUUCGUAGCCGAUCAGGGCGCUCAAUCAUCAAUGGGAACUGGGCCAUUGAUCGGCCUGGGAAGUAUGAGGGAGGGGGCACCAUGUUCACCUACCGCCGACCCAAUGAAAUCACCAGCACGGCCGGGGAGUCCUUUCUGGCUGAAGGGCCUACCAAUGAGAUCCUGGAUGUUUAUAUGAUCUACCAGCAGCCUAACCCAGGUGUUCAUUAUGAAUACAUUCUCCCCUCUGAGAAACCAGCGAGCCCUCAGCACUCACACCAGAGGCCAGAUGGGAACAAUGUGAAUGGGCAGGGUGGGUACAACCAUCACAGCAACACCCACCAGGAAGGCUUUGACCCAGAUGGAGGAGGGCGGUACCCUCCUCACAUUCCCCCUGACAAAGCAGUACCAGCAGUGCAGCCACCCAGACGGCAGAGAGAGUACAACUGGAAGCUAACUGGGGCCACGGAGUGCAGUGCCUCCUGCGGUAAAGGUUUCAGGUACUCCAUCUUCCACUGUGUCCACCGGCUGGACCGCGAGCAGGUGUCAGACACUUUGUGUGACAGCAGCACUAAACCACGGCCACCAGAGGAGCCCUGUAACAUCCAGCCCUGUCCAGCUUUCUGGGACAUUGGAGAGUGGUCAGAAUGCAGCAAGACCUGUGGCCUCGGCAUGCAGCACCGGCAGGUCCUGUGUCGCCAGGUGUACGCCAAUCGCACCCUCAAUGUCCACACCAGCCGAUGCCAUCACCUGGAACGCCCUGAAACCGCCAGUACCUGCCAGCUGAAGAUCUGCAGCGAGUGGCAGAUCCGGACCGAAUGGACUGCUUGUUCAGUGCCUUGUGGGUUGGGCCAGAGGUCUCGGGAGGUACGCUGUGUCAGCAACGUGGGUGAUUUUGUUCCUGACGAGGAGUGCAACAUGAAUCUGCGGCCCAGCGAUGCAGAGAACUGUGACAUGGGGCCAUGUGCCAAAAGCUGGUUCUACACUGAGUGGGGCAACACAUGUUCUGCUGAGUGUGGGAUGGGCGUACGGACACGGGGAGUCCUCUGCCUGACCAAUCACAUCAGCAGUCUGCCUCUGGAGGGCUGCGGCAGUGAGCGGCCCACAGACUCGCAGGUCUGUAACACUGGCCCUUGUGAGAGCCGCAUCGAGUGGUUCACAGGCCCCUGGAGCCAGUGCUCUGCAGAGUGUGGUGCCGGGAGCCAGCAGAGGUCAGUGGUGUGUCUGAUGAAGUCAGACGAGGGUUACACCGUCAUGCCUCCAUAUGAAUGCUCCUCUCUGGAGCGCCCUCUCAGCCAGCAAAGCUGCUACCUCAAAGCCUGCGGAGCAAAGUGGUACCACACAGAUUGGAGUGCUUGCUCCAAAACAUGUGAGGGGGGCUUCCGUGUGCGGGAGGUGCGCUGUCUCUCUGAUGACAUGCUGUCUAGCGAGGGCUGUGAGGAGAAGCUGAGACCGGCGGAGAAGGAGGAUUGCAACCCAGAGCCCUGCAUACCUCAGAUAGAUGAGAAUUGCAAAGACAAGUAUUUCAACUGCAACAUAGUGGUCCAGGCUCGCCUCUGCGUGUACGAUUACUACAAGACCACAUGCUGUGCCUCCUGUUCACGAGUGGCCCACAGACAGUUAAUACAUCAGGGCCGCAGAUAG